UUCGAUCUGAUAAAUGAAUUGUGGUUCAUGCUUCAUUAUAAUGGGAAUAUUUUAUACAUUUAUGUCAACGACAUUAUGUAUGUAAAUAUGUAUAUUGAAACAUUUUUUAACAUUUUGUGUGCGCGAAGUCAAUUAAUGGCAUAAAACCGCAGAAUUCAGAGUAAAAUCUCAGUAGUAAAAUCUUAAUUGCAAAUCGAGAUUAUAUUGUUCUCUACACUCUUAUAAUAUUUCUUAUUUGUAUAUAUUGUUUUUUGUUUCUUUUGCUGACUGUGUUCCAUAACGACAUCAAAGCAUUCGAACUGUCACUUUUUCCGUAGCUUUGCUGUCAAAUCGCGCUUGAUGUAUCUGCUUAAUGCAUGAAAUAAUGAAAUAUAAUAAUUAUGUUUAUGCUCAUUCAAUGAAUGCUUUAUUAAUUUAAUGCACAUGAGCUAAAUGAAAGGUAUCGCAAUUACAAAAUGUUUCAAUUUUGUUCGUUAUUUGUGCUUUUUUUUGUUUUUUUUUCGUGUUGUACAAUACUAUGUGUGUUGGUGUACUAUGCGCAUUCUUUUGCGAUUAUCUGCAGGUGGAUUGUACAUUUUUUGCUUACGUCGUUUCCUAUUUCGCGCUAACCUUCAAAUUGGCUUUUGAACUCAAACAUUGUUUUACAUUAGAAAUCCAUUAGCCGGCUUAUUCGCUUGAAUUGUGGAAAAGGCAAAACAUAAAUACACACAUACAUAUAUACGUUUAAUAAAAAUAAUAAUAAUAAUAAUGCAAACAAUGAAAACAAAACAACAAAAACAAUAGGAAUGAUUGGCGAAAACUUCUCACACACACGUGCUUGUUUAGGCGUGGAAUAAUAUGUUAUGCUCUUAUUUACAUAAAUACAAACAAGCUUAACAUAUUCUUAUUGAAGCACAUGUAACUAAUUUAACUAUUCAUUUAAUAUACAUAUGCAUGGUUCAUAUAUAUAAACACAGUUAGGCUAAGUGUUGCCAAGCGCUUGUUUAACCAGAAAUAUACUUAGUAGCUGAUGUUUAUGGCAAUUAUUAAGCAAACCAUGCCUAAAAAAAUGUUUUGCUACAAAUUAUGCUAAUUUUAAUAUUUGCAACAAUUCUAGCUGAUUUUUAGUGAAAAUAAUUAUUUUUAUUAAAUGAACAGCAUCUUUUAUUAAUAAAAACGAUUAUUAAUAAAAACGAAAGCAAAAAUACACAACUAUGCAUUUACAAAUAUCCAUUUACAUACAUACAUACAUACAUGUGUAUGUUUAUGUUCAAAAAUAAUUACAUAUUUCAAUGUCACAUUUUUGAACACACACUGCAAUCAAUUUUCUGCUUUCGUUGCUAUAGUUUGCCAUAAAUGGUAACGCUAACAUCCCAACUGCCGUGCUAAUAACGUGCAAAAAACCAAUUUCCUUUCUACCUUUCAAAUACCAGUCACGUUUUUUUCGGCAAAACUUUGUACAUGAAGCGUUCUAUAUCCAUAGUUAGAAUCUAAAAUAUGUAUGUACGCUAAAAAGAGUGUGCAAUUAAAAUAUUACCACACGUCCAAAAGGAGUGCAACUAUUAGAAAUAUUUUUUAAGCACAGAUACAAAAACAUGCUGAGAAAUUCGUUGCAAAAUCGCAAUCGUGCCGAUAUCUAUAAAUCAUUGUCUAGUGUAUAAAUAAACAAACGUUAACCCUGUAGGAAAUAAUGUGUUAGUGAAAGGCAUAUCCGCGCAGCACUAAUAGUGAACACCAAUUUGGCAGCAACUAUGUAGCUUUUAAUUGUAUCAAAGGCCGUAAAAGGUGUUGUUAUUUUGUUCAAAAGUAUGUGUGAAGUUAUGUAAAUUGUUCUACAGGAUAGAUUUCACAGAAAUUCUUUUCCCUACAAGGAGUAUAAAUAGCAAGCAGUCGCGUGCAUACAUUUAAAGUUUUAUACAGUGCGACAUCUAAAUUUUCAUAUACAUAUGUAGAUGAAAACAAACAUAGCGGCAAUUUAUUGUGACUAUUUGUGUUUGUAAAUAAAUAAUAAUAAAUUACUAUUUCGGAAUUGUAGCACAAUUCACAAUUAAUACGUUAAAGCGCGGACAACUGACAAAGCCUGGUUUUGUGUAUAUGUAUGUGACUAUUUAGCUAUUUGUACACAAAAAUAUAGAUAAAUUACACAAUAAACAUUUUAUUGGCUCUGUGUGAUAAUUUGCUGAGAAAAUAUAUCGCUUGUUCGUAUUUAUAUUUAUUAUGUGACGUUAAAAGGGAGCAAUUAAUGGUGACUUAAAAUGCCGAUACCAAAAAAUUUAUAUCAAUUUGCUCUGAACAGGGUAUAUUAAGUUUGCUACGAACUGCCAGAAAUAAACGGUGUACUCUAUAAAGAAUAUACAUAUGUUAAAUGGACAGCAUGGCGAGCUGUUUCGAUUUAGCCAUGUCCCUCUGUCCGUCUGUUUUUCUAUAUAUACGCAAACUAUCCCUCACCUUUUUAGAAAUUAGACAUGAAUUAUUUUCCAAGGCAAUUCUACAAUAUUCGAACAAAUUUUUCAGAUCGGACCACUAUAGCAUACACCUGAAUGAUCAAAAUCUAGUUCUCGUAAGGAAAACUUUUUUAUUUGAUUAGAUAUCUUCAUGAAAUUGGGCAUGAUUUUUUAUUUACAGCAACAGAACAAAUUGUUCAGAUCAGUUCACUAUAGCAUACAGCUGUUAUACGAACAUGCCGAUCAAAAUCAAGUUCUAGUGUGGAAAACUUUUUGGUGGAACUGAAGUUAACGUUUUUUCUUGUUUUCUUUUACAAUUAGUAAAUAUUAGGAACUAAACCACUCGUUUAAGUCAUAAAAUGGUUCCAAUACUUAAGAAAGUAAGCAGUUACUACAACUCGUAUGCGUUGGGCGUACUCACAGUCGGCUAUGUACUUGGCGAAUUGGGUCAUUAUCUCAUCGGUGUUACUUCCAAACAGACCGCCAUUGAAUUGGAUUAUGGCGAUAAAGCUUGUCAACAAAAUAAUACCAUGUUUCCACGUGACGAUCUACCAAAGCAAUGUGCGGCGGUGAUGGAAGAAGAAAGUUGUGUUGCUUUAUCACUGAAUGACACCACGUACUGCGAAUGGAACUACAAUGGUUUGGGUAUUGAUUAUCAGAUACUUGCUGGUCCCACCUUCAUAUUGGUCUUUACAAUUGCUGGCGUUUUUAUGGGUUUCGCCGCAGAUAAAUACAAUCGUGUCAAAAUGUUGACAGUUUGUACUUUAAUCUUUGCUGUCGCCACAAUAUUGCAAGGCACUGUAAGUGCCUACUGGCAGCUGUUGCUGUUGCGUAUGCUCAUGGCAUUAGGUGAAUCCGGCUGCAAUCCGUUAGCCACCGGCAUCAUGUCUGACAUUUUCCCCGAAAAUAAGCGCGCACUUGUCAUGGCCAUUUUCAACUGGGGCAUCUAUGGUGGUUAUGGUAUUGCCUUCCCUGUGGGCCGUUACAUUACCAAAUCGAAUUUCUUUAAUCUCGGCUGGCGUAUGUGUUAUCUGGGUACUGGCGUGUUGGCCGUGUUGGUGGCCGCGAUCACCGGCACCACACUCAAGGAACCAGAACGUAAAGCUAUUGGCGAGACCGAUCGCACUAAGGAUGGCAAAAAGAUUGGUUUGUGGAAAGUGCUCGCCAAUCCUGCUAUGAUUAUGUUGAUGAUUGCCGCUUCCAUUCGUCACUCUGGUGGCAUGACUUUCGCCUAUAAUGCUGAUCUCUACUACAACGCUUACUUCCCUGAUGUGGAUCUCGGCUGGUGGUUGUUCGCCGUCACCAUUGGUAUUGGUAGUGUGGGUGUUGUUGUUGGUGGCAUUGUCUCCGAUAAAAUUGUCGCCAAAAUGGGUAUACGUUCACGUGCUUUGGUGUUGGCUGUGAGUCAGCUGAUCGCUACAUUACCCGCAUUCGGAUCAGUGUACUAUGAUCCGCUAUGGGCUAUGAUUACCUUGGGUUGCAGUUACUUCUUUGCCGAAAUGUGGUUCGGUAUCGUGUUUGCGAUUGUUGUGGAAAUUGUGCCGUUGCAAGUGCGUUCUUCAACCAUUGGCGUCUUUUUAUUCGUUAUGAACAAUGUUGGUGGUAAUUUGCCUAUCCUAUUGGACCCAGUUGCUAAGAUGAUCGGUUUCCGUGAGGCGUUCAUGAUCCUUUACGCAGGCUUCUAUGGCAUAAGUUCAGUGCUCUUCUUCAUCACCUGUUUCUUGUUGGAAGGCAAACAAAAGGACGUUGAUGCUACCACAACAGUAGGCGAACAAAAAAUCGAUGGCCUGGAGGCACACACACGCCAAAUGCGUGGUCAUGACAAUUCUGUUUUCUCAGUGGACGAAGUGUUGCCGCAUAAUGGCCGUCCGGCGGUGAUUCCACAGCAUUUGCAGUUGUCGAGCAAUGGUCAAGACAAAUAUACGCCCGCGACACGCGAGAGCAGUAGACUGUAAUGGCAGGUUUUGAACCCAACGACUUACGAACAAUGCGUUUGAGUUUUAUUUAUGUAACUUAAGUGCAGCAAGUGAGUAAAGUACGUCUUAUUACUUUGCAAAAUAUGACACUUUACGAAUUCUCCAUAAUCUCUAUGUACCUCAUUCGUAGUGUGUAUUUUAUUGUAUUAAGUUUACAAUGAUUGGUCUGUGAGUAUUUUUUUAAUGUUGAAAUUGUGAAAAAGAAGAGACAAACAAUUGUUUAAGAUUGUUGUUAAAUCUUUAGUUUGUUAAGUAAAGUGACAACUUUUUGUAAUUAUAAUAUAUUGCACGUUAUUAUUAAAGUUAUUAUAUAACAGUUGCUGACGGUUUACUUGAAUGUCAAGUUUUAAACUGCUUGCAAUUUUUAUUAGAUUAGUUAAUAGACGUUAAUGUUAUCAAUUUUUAAAGUAUUUACUAACUAUGUAGUUAUGAACACCAAUGAAAUUAAUAGUUAGAAUAAUUGCAAAAGUAUUUUGUACAUAACAAAUAAAUUUUGUACUUAAAAUAGUUUUUUAAGCAAUUUUCAAAAAAAAAAAAGUUGUGUUUUUACUAAUAGUAUGUGUAUACAUAUAUGUAGCUAACUGCGCUUAUAAUUAUGUUUUAAUUAACAUUUUUGUGUAUAAUUGGCGCUAACACAUUUCUUAGAUGGUUAGACGAAAUGCCUUUACUAUUUGUUUUGUGUGUUUGUGUUGUUGUUGUAGCGAGUACCCAAACCCUGUUUGGAGGAAAAGUAAAAAAAAAUCAUAUGUCAUUGAAAUCACUUAACGGUAGUUCCAGGUAACGGGAUGUAUUGACGGGGUCGGACCAGAGGGUGAAGGGUGUUAAGUGAGUGGCUUUCGCGCAGCAUGCAAAGAGGUGUUUAGUGUCAUGCGGUGACUCUGGCGUUCAGUACACGUCUGAAGUUGGUCACGUCCGAAAUAGCGUCGCUCUAUAUUGUUGAAGUUCAUCGAUGCAUUAUAGUAAUAUUCUCUUAAUGUGCAUAGAAGGCGAAAACAUUACAGCAGCAAUUGCUUGGAGAGUAGUCAAUUAUGUUCCUCAACCGGAAGUAAGAGAGAUUCGACGGGGCACAUCAAGAUAAAUCCUGUGAUAGUCUAGAGUGCGGUGUUCUGACUUGUCUGUAUUUUCUUCAGCUGGGUCCUGCCGCAUCAACGCGAUCAUUUUGAGGCUGCGUAAUUAAUAACCAACCGGUCGAUUGCCUUGCAAGUGGCCAGCAACGUUUAUUUGUCCUUGCUGCAAGUGCUGCCGGCUAGCGACUUGAAGAUCUUGUUGUAGCGCUUUAAUAAUCAUGAAUUCGGGAGUACAAACUAUCAAAGGUAAAACCCAAUAUUUUGGAUUUGUUCGCUAUUGAGAUUUUAACAUUAUCGACAAAAAUGUUUAGUACUAGUUCGUAUUCUUUGGUUCAGAUGUGGUUGUUGUUGUUGUAGCGACAGAAAGCAGUCCUGAAGUAAUUUGGAGGAUUGCUGUCGGUUUGAUAGUCCUUGACCGGAUAAAAAUACGGGUCCGUUCGGGUUACGUAGACCCGAUUGUCGUGGGAACGGUCCUUCAUCCCGUUGGUGAAUAUGGCGCAUAGCAUUGUGCAAAGUGCAUACACACAUAUAUAUUUAACAAUAGUAUAUAGCAUUUACAUACAUAACAAAUUCUAGCGUACUCUGUAGUAUUUUUUUUUAAAUUAUCAGCACUAAACUUCUAUAAUAACUAUUUUGCAAUUAAAUUUUUGAAUGUCAGUUAGACAUACAGAAUCCCUUUACUAGAUGGCGCUUGUCAAUUGCACACCAUUUACCACGCAGGGUGCUACAUAAGUUUUGUAAAAUAAAUAUUAAAAAUUAUAUUAAAUCAAAUAUAUAAGUGCACUUUAAUAUUGUAAAUUAUGUAUGUAUAAUUUUAAUGAACAUGUGCAUUCAUGUUAAAUAGCGAUUUUCACAAUACCGUU